AUGACAAUUUUCGCAUAUAGUGAUCCAACAAAUGUUGUUUUGAUUAUAGUGUUGCUGACGACUAUCGUGGUGUUGUUUCUUUUUCUUUGCAUAUACAAAGUGUUUAUUAGCAAGCGAUUACCUUGUAAUGGCGAGUAUCAAAGAUUAUCCUCAUCAAUUACAGAUAAUAUCUUGGGAUCCUUUCUGAACGAUGUACCAAGAGAGUUUCUCAACGAUGAAGAGAGCUUGAGGUGCUUGGAAGAGCAAUACGAUUUUACCAAUCUUUCCCCAGAGGAACAACAACAAUAUCUAAAAGGUCAUGAAUUCACCAUUAACCAUCCCCCUGAUUUCACAAAGAUUCGAGGUAAAACUUUUAGUUUGGACGAUGAAAAAGUGAUAAAGGAGUAUGGAAUUAAUGCCUUUAAAUUUAAUAUGGAAGCAAACGUUUUGCAUCCUCACUAUAUCGUUGCCGACAAAACGGAGUUGAGUUUCAUCAACAACGACUUGCCAUAUUGUACAACAACAGCAGCUUUGAAUUACCCAUUACCGGUGAGGAAUAGAUUAUAUUCAGAUACAAUUUAUUUUGAAACAAAGAUUUUUGAAUAUGUCGAGGACCCCCAUUUGAAUACUCAGCAUUUCGCCAUAGGAUUAAUUACCAAACCAUAUCCCACUUCAUUUAGACUUCCCGGGUACAACAAGUUUUCAAUUGCUUAUGAAAGCACGGGAAACUUGAAAAUCAAUAAACCAUUCCCUACACCGUUACAACAACAUAGAGGUGAACACAGUGAGUAUAAUGCAUUGGUGUUACCUCCAUUACACCAAUCUGACGUUGUAGGAUUUGGUUAUGCAAUUCCCACGGGAACAAUAUUCAUUACAAGAAACGGUAAGAAACUAUUAGAUGUAAUGAGAGGUUGUUUUAUCGAUAUGUAUCCUGCAAUUGGAUGUUUUUCAACAAAUGCAAAGUUUCAAGUGAAUUUGGGACAGAGUGGCUUUGUGUGGAUCGAGGCAAAUGUUCGAAAAUAUGGAUUUGUGUCCACUAGCGAUUAUAAGAAAAUUGCUGGUGAUCGAGGCUUGGCUAGUUUGCCCCAGUAUAACAAGGUGGUAACCAAAAAUGGCAAUGAUGGGAACGACAAGAUAUUGGACAAGGGAGAAGAGUUGCCACCUCAAUACAAUCCUGAAGAAGAAUUAGAUUUCUUUGGAAGAAGCUCAAACGAUAUCGUUAGAGUUGGAUCUAGUGCUCAACAUAAGAGAAUAAACGAGAAACCAAAAAGUGCUGAAAAUGGAAGCGGAGAAGAAGAAGAAGGAGAAGGGGAAGGGGAAGGAGAAGGAGAAGAAGUUAAAACUCCCAAUGGCUCCAAUAUAACUGAUGAGCCUGAGGAGGUUAUGGAUUUGCGUGAGAGGUUAUAUGAAGAAAACAUUCGCAAUCGAACAGGUGAUGAGGAACUGUUUUCAGAAAUGGAAACCACGCAAUUAAUACAAGAAGCUGAUGACAUUUAUGCCUCUGAAGAAGCAUCAAAGGGAAACAAAGAUUCACAAGAUAGCUUGAGUAGGAAAAGUUUGAAUGAGGUAUCUGUAGAAGAAGAAUCACCGAGACCUGUCGAACAAACUGAGAGCUCAGCAGUACCCAAUAAAGAUACCAAUACCACUGACCAAUUGUUACUCAAACCAGCAUCGUCGACAUCAUCAUCAUCAUCAUCAUCUACAACGAUGCAACCACCCCAAAACUCGGAUGCGCCACAAACGGCAAAUGAAGAAGAAUCUCAUGAAAAUGUCACUAGUGUGACAGAACCUCAUGAUAUUUUGCGAGUUUCAGAAGAAACCGAAGAACUUGAUUCAAAUACCAAUAUGGGUCAACUAAAUGAACCAAAUUCAGAUACCAAUGUGGAUCAAUUAAAUGAACCAGAUUCAAAUACCAAUGUGGAUCAACUAAAUUCAAGUGCCGCAAAAAUACCAACAUCAUCACAAGCUUUGGAAGCCGAGAAUCUUGUAGAUGUAUCAGAAGCAAUAGAUGAAUCCACCUCCUCCGUACAAAAUGAAUCUACUUCCAAAACUGCUGCAGCUGCAGCUGCAUCAUCAUCAUCACAAAUUACCGGAUCUACAUCAUCUCUGAAUAUUAAAAAUAACAAGAAAAAGAAGAAUGCAAAGAAAUCUAACAAGAAGAAGCACAGAAAGAAAUAA